UCAAUAGCAAUUUAAUUAACACAUAAGUUAUAAAAAUUAACUAAAAUAAAUAUGAGUAACGAUAGGAUACUGCGCUCCAAAAAACAAUUAACUCAAGUUAAAUAUAAAACUAUUGGCGAGUAUUUUUGGAAAAGAUUGAAUCAACUCGAUGAUAAUCAAAUAUGCAUGACGGAGGCAACAAGUGGUCUGACUCUGACCAUCGGUCAACUCAAAUGCCAGGCAAACAGUAUAGCCGUGGCGUUGAUCGGUCGGGGAGUGACCAAAGAGGAUAGAAUCGCUUUCUACGGCCAAAACUCAAUACAACACUCGGUGUUGCGAUUUAUGACUACAUUUUUGGGCCUAACAUUUAUGCCUUUGAGUCCAACAUUUGAAAAGUAUGAGGUGAGGGAAGAGUGCCAGUCGGCCGGCGCCACCAUUAUCAUUAGCUCAGCGCAAGACUUCCAUAAAUUUGAAUGGGUUUUGGACGAUAGCUGUAAUAACAAUUCAAAAGCAAUCAAACUUGUGGUCAUAUUUGACGGCAAACAUGACACUCAUGUGACGUUUGACAAGUUGUUGGCUGAGGGCGCGGGUAAGACUUUGGACCGAUACCCGCACUUUGCCGUAAACCCGGACACCGACAUGUUUUUCCUAAUUCAUACGUCGGGCAGCACUGGCCCCCCGAAGUGUGCAAUGAUACCGCAUCGGGCGAUACUCGCUGGCUGUCAGGAAACAAAUAUAUUUUUAAACUUUGAUAACAUCGACGGUCAGGUCGUAUGCGCGAUGCCGUUCCCGUGCGGACACAUUAGCGGUACAGUUAUGAUACCAAUGCAAGUGCUAAAUGGGGUUCAUUUAAUACUGUUUGCCGAAUUUACUGAAGAGAGUCUUAUGCGAGGCAUUGAAAAGUAUAAAAUCAAUGUUUUGCCAGCGUUUCCCAGUAUGGGUCGUAGACUAAUUGAGGGUGAUUUGGUUGGCAAAUAUGAUAUCAGUAGUUUGAAAGGCAUGAGCACUGGGGGCGCCGCCUUUCCCGGCAAUAUUGCCAAAGAGAUUAUCAAAAAGUAUGGCAUUAGGUUUAGAGAAGCUUAUGGAAUGACCGAGUUCAUAUGGGUAACAGGUGGGUCUGACCCCAACGAAGAGUUUAUACCAGGAAAUGCUGGUAAUGUGGCGCCGGGUUGUGAAGUAAAGAUUGUUGACUCAAACACUGGUGAAAGUUUGGGUACCAACCAAGAUGGUGAAAUAUGUGUUCGGGGCAAUAAACUGUUUGCCGGUUAUUUCAAUAAUGAAAAGGCAACGAAAGCAGCCUUUGAUGAGAACGGGUGGUAUCGGACGGGAGAUAUCGGGCGAUACGACGAAAGAGAGCGUAUAUUUAUCACCGAUAGACUCAAAGAAGUGGUUCGCAUAGGAAUUGGUAACCACUAUAUAAACAUAUCUCCCGUUGAGAUCGAGCAGUACUUACUGACCCACCCGUCCAUCGCUGAAGUGGCUGUUGUGGGCGUUAAUAACAAAUCGGGCACUCAUUGGCCCCGGGCUUAUGUUGUUCUAAAACCCAAUCUAUCUGAUAUUACAAGUACACAAAUUGAAAAAUAUGUUUCAGACACAUUGGCGUACACUAAGCAACUGAAGGGAGGCGUUGUGUUUAUCGAUGGCAUUAAAAGAACUGCAAUCGGAAAAGUCGACCGAAAAUAUUACCGGUCUUUAGUUAAGGACGAAGUGCUCAACUAUUAGUGCAUUUAAUCCUAUUUUAAUUUUAAUAAAUAAUUUUCGUAA